UAUGGACGCCCUCAAGUCGGCCGGGCGGGCCAUCAUCCGGAGCCCCAGCAUCGCCAAGCAGAACUGGGGCGGCGGCAGGCAUAAGAAACUUCCAGAAAACUGGACAGACACCAGGGAAACCCUACUGGAGGGCAUGCUGUUCAACCUGAAGUACCUAGGCAUGACGCUUGUCGAACAACCCAAAGGAGAAGACUUAUCUGCCGCUGCUGUAAAAAGAAUCGUUGCAACGGCAAAAGCCAGUGGUAAGAAACUCCAGAAGAUCACCUUGAAAGUGUCUCCCAGAGGGAUAAUCCUCAGUGACAGCAUAACGAAUGAGCCCAUCGAGAACAUCUCAAUAUACAGGAUAUCCUACUGCACGGCCGAUAAGAUGCAUGACAAAGUGUUUGCCUACAUCGCCCAAAGUCAACUCAAUGAGAACCUGGAGUGCCACGCCUUCCUCUGCACAAAACGGAAAAUGGCCCAAGCCGUCACCCUCACAGUUGCUCAGGCGUUCAAAGUAGCGUUUGAAUUCUGGCAGGCGUCCAAAGAAGAAAAGGAGAAGCGGGAAAGAACCAUGUUGGAAGGAGAAGGGGCCAGCAGCCCAAACUCAGCCUCCCCGAAAGGCCGUAAAUCCCUAGUUGGGGGAGGCAGGUUCUUCCCAGCAUGCUUCACAGUGGUCACCACUGGGAACCUGCUAGACCUGGAGAAUGCUGCCAAAACCCCUUUGACUGUGAACGCAAACUCUGUGCCUUCGGACGGCGGCAUCUUCCAAGUGCCUUCGUCAGAAAACAACAACGUAGUGUGGCCGAUGGACGACGGACUGGAUGAAGCCUUUUCAAGACUAGCGGAGUCUCGAACUAACCCCCACGUCCUUGACAUUGGCUUGACUGCCCAGGACGUUCAGACCGCUGAAAUCCUCUCGCCCACCGACUGGGACAAAGUCGACUCGAUGACGGCGGCCGAGAAAGAUGACAACCUCUUUGGCUUCUGACGUCCUCCGUCUUUCUCCUGGCGAGCUUUCGGGUUUUAAAUAACCACUAAACAUAAGCGGACUUCGUAUGCACUGCAUUCUGGGUGAUUUAACUGGAGAGGGUUCCUCAGGGGAGGAGCAGUAUGA